UGGCCAGUCAUUCGUGACUACACCUAAAGGAGCUAAGAGAGAGAGAGAGAGAGAGAGAUGGAAGCAUGGGUUCGUGUCUUGCUGGUGGUGGCUUGCUUGUUUCCUGCCAUGGUUGAGUGUAGAGUUCGGCAUUACAAGUUCAAUGUGGUGAUGAGGAACACUACUAGGCUUUGUUCGAGCAAGCCUAUUGUCACUGUUAACGGCCGUUUCCCAGGGCCCACCCUAUACGCCAGGGAAGACGAUAACGUCCUUGUCAAGGUCGUCAACCACGUCAAGUACAACGUUACAAUACACUGGCAUGGGGUCCGACAGCUUCGGACGGGUUGGGCGGACGGCCCGGCAUACAUUACACAGUGCCCGAUCCAACCGGGUCAAAGCUAUACUUACAACUUCACCAUCACGGGUCAAAGAGGUACACUUCUGUAUCAUGCACAUAUCCUUUGGCUAAGGGCUACGAUCCACGGCGGCCUCGUCAUCUUGCCGAAGCGAGGCAUUCCUUACCCGUUUCCUAAACCCGAUAAGGAAGUGGUUGUUAUACUGGCUGAAUGGUGGAAAUCAGACACCGAAGCAGUGAUCAGUCAAGCCAUGAAGGCUGGUGUGGCACCAAAUGUCUCUGAUGCGCACACAAUCAAUGGCCACCCAGGACCGCUAUCUCCUUGCUCUUCACAAGGAGGAGGGUUGAAGCUACAAGUAGACAGUGGCAAGACAUACUUGCUACGCAUCAUCAAUGCUGCACUUAACGAAGAGCUCUUCUUCAAGAUUGCCGGACAUAACCUGACUGUCGUCGAAGUCGAUGCCAGCUACACCAAGCCCUUCACCAUAGACACUUUACUCAUUACCCCUGGCCAGACCACAAAUGUCCUUCUCACCGCCGAUCGAAAAGCCGGCAAAUAUCUUAUCGCCGCCUCCCCUUUCAUGGACACACCAGCCGUCGCGGUUGAUAACAUGACCGCCACCGCCACCGUCCACUACUCCGGCACUCUAACUACUUCCACAACCACCCUCACCAAACCUACCCCACAGAAUGCAACCUCAGUUGCCAACAAAUUCAUCAACUCUCUUCUUAGCUUAAACUCCAAAAAAUACCCAGCCAAGGUACCAUUAAAGAUUGAUCACAACCUUCUCUUCACUGUUGGUUUGGGUGUUAACCCAUGUUCCACUUGUGUCAAUGGAAGCAAAGUAGUGGCUGACAUUAACAAUAUCAGCUUUGUCAUGCCAACCUUUGCAUUGCUUCAAGCACAUUACUUCAACAUAAGUGGAGUCUUCACUACUGAUUUCCCAGCAAACCCACCUAUCACUUUUAAUUACUCUGGUAAUCCACCAGGUACUGCUCCUGCAAACAUGCAAACCUUGAAUGGUACAAGACUUUAUAAGCUACCUUACAAUGCAACUGUAGAACUUGUAUUACAAGACACAGGGAUUAUUGCCCCAGAGAACCAUCCUGUCCAUCUUCAUGGCUUCAAUUUCUUCCAAGUUGGAAGAGGACUUGGGAAUUUCAAUCCCAAAAAGGAUCCCAAAAAAUUUAAUCUUGUUGACCCUGUUGAGAGGAAUACAAUUGGAGUACCUUCAGGUGGUUGGACUGCCAUCAGAUUCACAGCUGAUAAUCCAGGUGUUUGGUUCCUGCAUUGCCAUCUAGAAGUGCACACUACAUGGGGACUUAAGAUGGCUUUUCUGGUUGAGAAUGGUAAAGGACCCAACGAAUCGAUUAUACCACCACCAAGUGACCUUCCAACUUGUUGAAGCUGAGCCCAAGGCUGUUCAUGUUCACAUAAUUUUCAGAUGAUUCUUACACAAAAUGAAGAAUAUUUAACAGGAUGAACAGGAGGAAGAAAAUGAUGAUCCAUCAUAAGAAGAACAAGAAGCUAAGGCUAAUUUAAUAAACAAGUGAGGGUUUUGGGUUCGCUUUUGGAGGUAACAGGGGAAGCUGAUGAAGCAGAGUUCAAUAAAAACAGAGCAACAUUUUUUUCCUUUUUCUUCCCAUAACAUUUCACUGUUUUUCAAUUUUUUUGCAUAUUUGGAUGUCUUUGUGUAAGCACACCUACUAUUAAAGUUCCAAAGAAUCUUGAGAACUAUUCAAGAUGUUUGAUUAUAAAAAAUUAACUUCCUUUUAAAUAUCAAAA